GAUAAUUACUGAAUCAUGAAGGCAGAGAAACUAUCAAGGAGCAGUGAAGUGUCCAAUGAGCUUUUGGAUUUUUCUGUAAGGACUGCGACUACACAUACGCCACAGUUUUUGGGUCUGCCACAGGGAGCAUGGUUUCAAGAGGGAGGGUUUGAAACUGCAGGAGAAGGAGUUGUUAUUGGGUUUGUUGACACUGGCAUAGAUCCAACACAUCCUAGUUUUGGUGAUAGUAAAUCUAAUCAUCCAUAUCCUGUUCCUGGUCAUUAUUCUGGCAUCUGUGAGGUUACUCGCGACUUUCCAUCUGGUUCUUGCAAUAGGAAGCUUGUUGGGGCCCGCCACUUUGCUGCUUCAGCCAUAACCAGAGGAAUAUUUAAUUCAACUCAGGACUAUGCUUCUCCCUUUGAUGGUGAUGGUCAUGGCACGCAUACAGCAGCUGUUGCAGCAGGAAACCAUGGGAUUCCAGUCAUUGUUGCUGGACAUCACUUUGGAAAUGCUAGUGGGAUGGCUCCUCGUUCACAGUAAAUAAUCCGGAACAUGUCUUCGUUAUUUUAUUUUACUUUGUUAUCAUUAUUUUUACACUUGUAGUAAUCUGUUGGAUCUAUC